AUGUUCAGUGACAAAAGUGAGAAAGCAACGCCUCCGUUCUCAGGUGGUGAUCCUGUAGCCGACGUCCCUCCCUCCUACUCCGAAGGAGCCGCAACUACAAGCGACGGCCUCAUCCCCGCCGGGACUCUCCUUCUCGCCGGAACAACCAUCUUCAACACCACCUCAGCGUCAUCGCCGCCAUUGUACGAGCUCACUUACCCCAUCGGACACCUACGGGAGUCCAACACAUCAGUCUCGUUCUACCGCAUCGAAAACAGCGUACGGGACUCUUCCUCCGGCACAUCCGGUCCGCAGGUAUCAUCGCGAAAGAAGCACAUCUUCGACCUGAAGCGUGACCCAACAGUCACUGAGCCACCGUUUCCAUACCAUUUGAACUCGGUCUCUCGCGGAAACGUGGGGCACGUGGGCAUCAAGACACAUCGGCGCCUGGGUGGUUCGGGAUAUCGGGCCUGGCGGGCGACAAGAGCAAGAGAAGGAGCUGAUCUCGAAUCCAAGGAGUUGGUCUUUAACAUCAAGACACGGGGUAGUGGACGGCAGGAAUGGCGCGAUGGGGACGAUAAGACAGUCCUUGCGCAUGAGACGAGCGAGGACGGUAUUCAUAAGCUGCAGAUCAUUGUGCCGUUGAGCCAGGAUAUCAGAGAUGGAUUGGUCGCAACUUGGUGUUUGCGACUCUGGUGGGAGAUCGCCGUGUCCAAGGUUGAGCCUUUCAGCUGGAACGAAGGUAAGCCAAUUUAG